CAUCAGGGCGCCCACUCCAAGGUCCCCGAGCCCCCUGGUGCCCAUCUGUGAGCCAAGUCUCGAAGCCCCUACUUCUGACCCCUGACCCUCGCCCCGGAAGUCCGGGUGACUCGGAAGUUCCGGCUCAGUCGCUAGGAAACAGGCGGGCCCGACGCGGGGGGCGGGGCUUCUGGCCUCGGGGCUCGGAGAAAGGCAGGAGAAUGAACAGUAAGAAAGGGGGGGCCAAAGCUGCAUCAGGGAAGUGGCAGACAUCACCCCCUUGGCCCAAGCCAAGAGCUGCUGUUGGGCCCACCCCGGAGGCCCAGGCGGCCACCCGCAUCCAGUGUGCCUUCCGGCAGCACCUGGCCAGGAAGGCGCUGGCCCUGCGCAGGCAGGAGCGGCAGGAGUACCUGGAGCGGAUGGAGAAGCUGCAGAGGGAGGUGAGCGCGGGCGCCCGCCCCAUCCCGGCGUGGGGGCGGCGGCCAGGCCGCCGGCUCAUGGGGCCCCUCGCGCAGGGCGCCUUCGGCAGAACGCCGCUGUACCGGGCAGCCUUCGGGGGCCACCUGGAGGCCGUGGAGCUGCUUCUGAAGCUCGGAGCAGACCCCCGAGUGUACGCAGACGACGGGAGCACCCCAGAGCAGGUGGCCUCGCUGGACGCGGUAGCUAGCGUGCUGCAGACUUGGGACCUGGGCCUCACAGAGGCCAUGCUCCAGAACAUGGAGGCUGAGCGGCAGCGCCGGGCCCAGGAGGAUGAGAGACACAAGCAGGCGGAGGCCAAACGCUUGAACCUCAAGGUGCAGCAACUGGCCAAGGAGCAGCAGCGGUGUCACAAGGAGCUGCAGCAGGCCUACUGCGAGCUCAACCGGAGGAUCACGGAGCACGAGGAGUGUGAGCGCCAGUGCAUGGGCAGGACUGAGUUCACGCUGCAGGCCAUAAAGGACUCAGAGGCCCAAGUGGACAGGCUGAGGCAGGAGGCACAGAAGGCGGAAGAGAUGCUGGCCAUGGCCAGGCUGGAGCUGCGGGAGCAGACGCAGGAGGAGGAGCAGGAAGCGCCUGGACUGAAGUGUCAGGUCACGGAUCUCCAUGACGUGCUGAUGAAGGACGUGGGUGACCGCAUCCGUGCUGAUGGCCGGUGGCCUCUUGUCAUCGACCCUUCGGGCCAGGCAGCCACCUUCCUACGCUACCAGGAUACCAACUAUGUGGAUGCUGUGAACCCAGAGCACCUGAGGCCUGAGAGAAUCCGACUGGCUCUGCUGGGGGCACUCAGGUAUGGGAAGCCACUGGUGUUCGACCUGCGGGAGGUGGACCUGUUCCCUGUAGUGCAGCAGCAGCUGGAGGCGGUGCAGCCUGGUCUGGCCCCAGCACUGCUCAGCCGGGAGUUGCUGGCCCAGGACCGGUACCUCUCCCUGCUGCGGCCCACGGAUGGGCCUGAGUACGGCCCCACCCAGUUCCAGGAGGCUCGCCUGGCCCACUUUCGUCUCUUCUUCGUCACCCAGGUCCAGUGGCCACCUGUGGAGCAGCUGCAGGUGCUGCUCCCUGUGCGGGUACAGCUGCCCCACUAAUGCAGCACCCAAAUAAAACCUGCCCAGGCAA